GCCCGCAGCGGCCAGGGCCAUGGGCACUCCGGCCUCAGUGGCGAGCGACUCUCCGGGACGGGCGGCGCCCGCAGCCCGCGCCCGUAAGCGCGCCUCGGCCAACAUCUUCCAGGGCGUGGGGCUACGAGAGCUGCGGAGUCUGUUCCGGAGCGGCGGGGCCGAGCGGCCCGAGGAGCGCGCCCGCCUUGUCUGGCGGUACGCGGGCCAGCGGCGCAUGGCUCGGGCCCUGCGGCGGCUUCGGCGACGGCGACCGGCCCAGCCCGGCGGCGGGAUGACGGCGCUACGGCGCUUCGAACACCUUCGGAUCGCGGAGAAGCUGGAGUGUAACUGCGGGGGAGAGACAGGCUCGGGAUCCAUGUAGCAGCGCUGAGAAGCUGGGCCGUGGAGAGCAGCUCUCCAAGGACCCUAAGUGUACUGGGCAGGGUGCAAUGAAUGGUUAAUAAAGGGUGGACAGUG